AUGGCUACCAGAUCCCCUGAUUAUCCUGCAGCCAUGGCUACCAGAUCCCCUGAUUAUUCUGCAGCAUGUGACUACGACAGCGGCUUGUCCGUAUCCAGCAGUUGUCCCUCUAGCAGACCCUCAUCCCCCUGUCCGUGGCUAAAGCCCGGGAAGUGCGUUGCCUUGGACUGUGAGAUGGUUGGCACAGGGCCCGGUGGUAGGACCAGUGAGCUGGCCCGGUGUAGUAUUGUGAACUACCAAGGAGACGUUGUCUAUGACAAAUACAUUAUGCCAGAGCUACCAAUCACAGACUACAGAACACGCUGGAGCGGCAUCACCAAACGCCACCUGAAAAAUGCCAUUCCAUUUAAAACUGCACAGAAAACGAUCUUGAACAUUCUGAAAGAUAAGCGAGUCAUUGGACAUGCUCUGAUCAAUGAUUAUAAAGCUCUAAGAUAUUACCAUCCCAAGGAACAAACCAGAGACACAAGUCAAAUCCGUCUGCUCACCCAAAUGGCAGGACUGUCCAAAACACCUUCUUUAAAAAGUCUUGCAUGGGUCUCCUGCAGAAAAAAAUACAGUGCAAUGCAGGUGGGUAUAAAGGGCCAUUCCUCGGUGGAAGAUGCUCAGACAUGCAUGGAGCUCUAUAAAUUGGUGGAGGACCAGUAUGAACAAAAACUUCUUACUGACAUUCACGAAGACACUGAAAGCAUUCCAGAGAACACUCAAAACAACAGCCACUACAUGGAUGAUCAAUACUGGCCAUCGGACUUGGAUGAAGACUGCAAAUGA